AUGUUUGUUUUAGCUCAAAAACUGAAACUCUGCAGACAUCGUCUUGUGCAAUGGCAGCAAACAUCCAAAUCCAACUCUAAAGCUGAAAUAGAGGAGAUUCUCAAAAAAAUAGAAGAGCUUAGAGAGACAGGAAUUAAUGGAGGAAUUGAGGUUGAGGAGCUGGAAAACAUGCUGGAGAACGCUUAUGGUAGGGAGGAGAGCUACUGGAAAGAGAAGUCUCGGAUAAAAUGGCUGAAGGAAGGGGAUAAGAACACUAAAUUCUUCCACCAAUCAUUUCAAUCUCGGGUUCGGCGUAAUAAAAUCUGGAAAUUAGAACGGAAUGAUCGGAGCUUUGCUACCUCUCGAGCUGAUAUAGCCUUAGUUGCAGAAGACUAUUUUAGAGAUAUAUUUUCUUCUACCAACUCAACUGAUCCGGAGGGAGAAUUUGAAGACUUUCUUCCCAAAGUUUCUUCAGCCAUGAAUAGAAGAUUACUACGGCCAGUUUCUCUAGAUGAAGUCAAACGGGCUGUGUUUAGUGUGCACUCUGAAAGUGCACCCGGUGAUGAUGGGUUCACAGCAAAGUUCUUCCAUUAUUACUGGGACAUUGUGACUGGGGAUGUGUUUCGAGCGGUGAGAAGCUUCUUUAUUGGAGGUAGGAUACUUAGAAGUUUCAACCACACACAGAUCUGUUUAAUCCCAAAGGUUUCGAAUGCUAUAAACAUGACACAGUUAGGAUUUGAUCCUAGAUGGAUAGGUUGGAUUCAGGAGGUGGUGACUACAGUUUCUUACUCUGUUGUUGUUGAAGAAGGUUUAUCCUUUCUGCUGAACAAGGCAGAGCAAAACCGUCUUAUCUCUGGUAUCCAGAUCAAUAGAAGAUGCCCUCCUAUCAAUCAUCUACUCUUCGCAGACGACUCUAUCCUAUUUAGUAGGGCCUCGGAGGACGGCUGUUAUAAUAUCCUGAAGAUCCUUACUCUAUAUGAAAGCUUUAGUGGUCAGAAAGUAAACUUAUCUAAAUCAGCUGUGUUUUUUAGCAAUAAUACCCCGGGGAAAAUGAGAACCGCCUUGGCUAACAGGCUCAACAUUAGACACAUAGGAGCACAGGACAAGUAUUUGGGGCUCCCUUCAACGGUUAAUCGGUCGAAGAAAGAGACAUUUGGGGCUAUUAAAGAAAAAGUGAGAGAAAAGAUCCAGGGGUGGAAACGACAUUUACUAUCUACAUCAGGUAGACAUGUACUAAUUAAGGCAGUCGGGGAGGCCAUUCCUAUUUACACACUCUCUUACUUCAGGCUUCCAGAUACGUUAAUUUGCGAGAUUCACAGUAUUCUCACCCAAUUUUGGUGGGGGCAAAAAGGAACAGAAAGAAAGAUGGCGUGGAUUAGUUGGGACACCAUGUCUAGACCAAAGAAGGAGGGUGGCCUUGGUUUUAAAGACCUGCGAGCUCAGAACCUAGCGCUACUUGCUAAACAAUGCUGGAAACUAGCUACACAACCUCAAUCAUUAUUGUCCAAAAUUUUCAAAGGCAAGUACUACCGUUACAGCAAUAUCAUGAGAGCAGAGACAGGAAACCAACCUUCUUGGGGCUGGAGAAGUCUCUUGGAGGGCCGCAAAGUUCUAGAAAAAGGCAUAUGUUGGAGGGUAGGCAAUGGGAACAGCAUUCGCGUUUCCCAGGAUCCAUGGGUAGCUACAUCCCAAUCUUUCCUUGUCUCACACAGCUCAGUCAUCAGCAAUCAGAAUUUAGAAGUACCAUGGGUGAAUGAGCUAAUCAUGCCUAGCAAACAAUAG